GCACGCACUUCUCAGUUCUCUCACUUUGUCAAACUUUAUUAAGUUGACUGUUAAGCAAACUGCCUCUGUGACUCGGUGUCACACUGACACGUCAGCUUGACUGACUCAGAAGUGACUCACGCAGGUGUGUUUAUCCGAAUCCAGCAGAAUAUGUGCGGAGACCCGGAUACAGGAGAUGUAGUAUGAAUUAUGGAUGCUAUUCAAACUCAGCGUUUGCUUUGUGAUCCAAGUCAGAACGUUUUCAGGUGAGAUUUAUUUAAGCGGCAGAAGAUGAGGCCGAUGUAAAACAGCGCAAUCCAGAAUAAUCAUUUUACGCGUUAUUGAAUGUAGAUUUAAAAAUGUCCCUCUGUUGCGCAUUUAAUGCCUUUUGUCAGUGUGACCCCUGAUCUACUCUGAUGUCUUGACGACACGUCAGGCUCAUUAACCAAACCAAACAGACAAACGCGGCCUCUCCGCAAGUGAAAUCCUCCCUUCGAACGCGGCUUUGCGCCGCCGCCGCAAAUGGGCUACAACCAGGAGUUGAAUUCCCAGCGUCGCCCGUGAUUAGCGCCGCAAAGACGCAGCUGCUCGUGUUUGCGCAGAGCGUCGCUCCUGCGUGACAGCGCGGCCCCUCGGCGGACGCUUGACGCGCCGCGUCCCGAUUAGAUGUGACACUUUCCGCGCCUCGGAUCUUUUUCUUUUUUUUUUUUUGGUCUUUUUAUAAUGUGCCGCGUCAAAGCGAGGCGCCGUCGUUGUUUUGCGUCUCAGUCGUCUCCCACCUGGUUUUAUCACCCUACCUUUUCUACCCUCUCGCACGUGUUAAUGUGACGGAGGUGUCGCCGCUUCGGCUUCCGGAGAGAAGAUGAAAAGAGGCUCACGCGCGGCAGACGCUCACCUGCGAUUAAUGAAAUACGAUUGGCUGUGUUCACAGAGGUGCCCCAUGAUAUGACUGCCCAGAGGGGCCAGGAUGUGGAGAUGGCCUGUUCCUUCCGAGGCGCAGGGACCCCCUCAUAUUCACUGGAGAUACAGUGGUGGUACAUCAGGAACCAUCUGGACUGGACUGACAGACAGCCCUGGACAAACAAUGAAGUGGCUCCUGAUGAGGAGAUGCCAAAAGACGCCACAAAGAUAAGCGUUGUGAAAGUUGUGGGAAGCAACAUUUCCCAUAAACUCCGCCUCUCCCGCGUAAAGCCAUCGGACGAGGGCAUCUACGAAUGCCGGGUCAUUGACUUCAGCGACCAUGAAGGUGCCCGUCACCACCGCGUCAGGGCCUACCUGCAGGUGGUGCCCCAGAGCGGCAUCGUCAACAAUAACCAGAACGACAAUUUCGAGGCCCUGGACGAUACUAAAAGAGCAGUGGGUAUGGAGGACGGAGAACGAGGGGAGACUCCCAGUGGCACCAAAGAGCACGCUCACAGCCAUCACCAUGGCCACCAUCAGGCGCAUGGCAAGCAAGCAUCAUUGCCAGCUCACCAUGGCCACAGCCACAGUGGCAGCAGUCCACAGCUCAAGGCAGGACGAGAGCUGAAGAAGAGGGACCUGGACAGCAACCACAGCCACAAUGACUGCACCAAUGAGCCGAGCUGUGCGCUGUAGACAUUAGCUUAUUACACUUAAGCGAUAGAUCACAUGAGGAUUACAUACCAUGACGUGUGUCACAGCAUAAAAAGCUAUUCUUCCCACACAGUGAGGGACUGAGCACAAGCCCAGAAUCCCUAGGGCUUGCUCCCAGUACAGUGCUGUCAACUGUGCAGGGAAUGUAGCUUUUUGUCGUUGUGUGUGGGUCUGGGUUGGACUGCUCACUGUCUGUAAUUCCUGGGUUCACAACUUUCAGUAAGGGGUGGGGGGCUGAUGUGCAGCCGUGCAGCUCCAGUUUCUGGUCUUGGCCCCAAUAAACAACAAUCAACGCUUUACACCACUCUUGUACUUAGAAACUGUAAAUGACACCACCCUGCUUUUAUGCUCAUGCUUCCUCCACUGCCUUACUCUGCCAUUUUGUAGACCCCACAAAAAAAUAUCAUAGUAUUUUGUAACUGUGUAUGUCCUCAGUUUAAAAAAAGAACUUCUAUUUUGAUCAUUAUCGAAUGAGAUUUAAUCAGUUCUGUCCUUGCAAUUAGUAUGGUGCAAAUAUUUAGUUUUCACCCGAAGCGUGGGAUUUCAACAACAUUGUGCACGAUUCCAAAGAAGCCCCCCCCUCCCGAAAAAAAGACUUUUUGCAGUGAAAUCAGAAAAUAUGGCUUCAUCGUUCGUGAUCAGCCCUUGUGCUGCAGGUUUGAUGCAUUGGGCUUCAAGAGAAAUCAAUCACCGGUUAGAAAGCCAUUAAAAAGGUAACAUUUGUGCCACAAAAUGAAGCAAUCUAAUUUGGUGUGCUUGUGAAUCCUGACUAUAAAGUAUUACAAAAAAAACACGAUCCUGGUGUAAGAUACGUUAUUGGAGUAGUGCCGCUUCCUAUCCCAGCUUAGUUCCCUUUUUCCGAAGCUCUGCCCCAUUGCUCAUCAGUAAUUAAAAAAAGCCUCAAUCCUCUCAAAUACAAGCCUCUAACCCACUGUAUAUAUGACUGUAUAUUAAGAUGAGUGCAUGAUCAGUCUUUUUCUUAACUUUUUCAAGCAACCAAAACUUUUUUUUUUACACAUUUCUCAGUUUAGUCAAACGUAUCACAAUUACCAUUAAGUUUGAAAACCUUUUUUUCCCCAUCAUGUUAAAUAUAGAUCUUGUCUUUCAAAGCGAUUUUCUGUUCUCCCCAAAAGUGCUGUACAGACAGAUGAAUGACAAUUUUCUUCAUAGCUGCUCAAAAGGGGUUUCCCUCGUGUAUCUUAGUACUUUAAGCAGUAUUUCUUAAACUACUGGGCCGGGUGUGCAGGGACACAUAUACGCGUGUUAUUGUAAUGAAGUGAGCAUGAGCAUGAGACUCAUGUCAUGCAGUUUGGGAACUUGGUCUGAAAAAGGUAUUGAAGGCCAUUUUACUUUUUUUUUUGUAAAUUAAAUGGAAAAAUCCAGCAAAGGUUAACAUCCUGAAUCGAGCCUCGAGGGCGAAAAACAAGAGGAAAAUGUUAAUGAAACACUGAAAUUGGCUGUCCAUACUGCCUCAAAAUAUAGCUGGUGUCUCAAGGCCAUAAGGGGAUUUUAUUCUCUGCUGCUCCUUCAGCAAAUCAGCAGUAUUUGCCCCAACGAAGGCAACCUGUUGACUAAAAGGAGUUUUGUUUUCAGCCAGUAACUCUGAAUUGAUGUUUUGUAAAGAGAGCACCGUUUAAAAAAAAAAAAAGGGAAAUGUACAUUUCUUCUAGAAUGUUUGGUCUCAAGUGUAUGCCUUUAUCAAAUACAAUAAAUUGUAUAUGAAACAAUAGCAAA